AUGUCGUUCUGUCGGAUCACCGGUCGUAGUAGAGGGCUUCCAAAGCCCAACUACUUUCCGCUACUUGCUCCUAUCUCGCCUGCUGAUGCAAAACGCUGCUGCAGGAUCACCGGUAAAUCGUACGGGUUGCCUUCGCACCACUACAUUCCAGUUCUUCUUGCUUCCCGCACUUCGAAGACAAAAUGCAAGAUAACAAACGUGUCUGGCGAGCUUGGACCGCAUCACUAUUCACCAGAAAUUACCUAUGGCAAUAGAAAACAUGAAAUCUUACCAGACUUUAGAUACAUUUUCCCUGUUCUCGAUGGCUCUACAGAAGCCCAAAAGAAUUUAAUGGAAAUGUUAUUAGGUAAACAAGUGAUUGAAGAUAAACGUUACGUAUACACUGUGCAAGAAAGAAGGUGCAGCUUGGUAUUCUCUGCUCAAAUGGAAGCAGCAGUGCGUGAUGGUGACGUCAGAGAUGUCAUGUUAGCAAAGGACUCUGACACAGUGCUAAUUAAAACUAAACACGGCCGUAGUGUCUCCAUGGACUUUAAGGAUUUCACUGAAGAUGUAGAAAUAUUUGAAGGAGAAGGACCGAAUGCAGAAGUUUUGAAACAGAGAGAAAUGGAGGAACUAGAAGAGAAAAAGAAGAAGAGGAAACGUACAGCUGGUCUAUCUUCUAUGAAGAAAAUAUUUGAAAAAAAGGAAAAACUUGCCGAAGUACAAGAGUUAGAAGAAGAAAAGCAUCGUCUUGAUCGAAAGGUUAAAAAAGCUAAACUAGAAGAAUUUAGACACGAGAAACACGAUAUUAAAACAUUCAAUUACAAUAACUUUGAUGUGAAUCAUAUGCGUUCAAAGUCGAGCAUUGUCAUGUGUUCUAGUGAAUGGCGAGAACAAAUGCAUCCCUUGAUUGAGACAUGGGAUAGCGAAACUUUUGAGAAAGAUAUACUGAACGAGCAUUUUGUUCCUAAAGCUACUAAACUACCGACGCCGGUAAAAAUAACUCCCUACCAUUGCGAAGCAGAACUGUAUGAAGUUGACCGCAAUAUUAGCGAAGUGUCUAUUCCUUUGGAAAAUGUGCCUUGUGUUAACCCCUUAAAGCCUAUAAGAACACGCCCCUCUGAUGCAGUUUUAUGUGCUGUAAAAGAACUGUCCGAAGAACGCUUAGUAGAAACCGCAGAUAUUAUUGAAAAAUUAGUAGAAAGUGACAAAAUGGAUAUGCUCCCUACGAUUGAAAACUUAAAUGAAAUUGUUAAAAAUAUAAAAAAAGGUAAAAGGGAUAAAGUUGCCAAAAUAACUGGGCUUACAUUGGACAUAAAAAAAGCAAAGAAGUUUAUACCUGGGCAAGUAGUGAAUACUCCCCAAGGACCUGUUUUCGUGCCCGGACAAACAAUAGACACACCUACUGGCCCUAUUUUUGUUCCUGGCUUAAGCGUUAAUACACCUGUUGGUCCAGGAUUAAUACCCGGUCAUAUUGUUUUAAAUGAAAAUACAGAUAUGCCAUUUUUCCUGGCCGGUCAAGUUGUUAAGACACCAAAUGGAGAAGAAUUUGUUUGUGGACAAACAAUUAAAAAUAAAGAUGAUACAUACCGAUUCACAGAAGGGCAGACAGUUUUGUCGGAAGAAGGUCUUAAAUUUAUACCUGGUAAAAUAAUAAACACAGGUUCAGAAGAGACUUUUGUUCCUGGGCAAACUAUACAAACACCAGAAGGAAUUCAGUUUAUACCUGGCCAAACGAUAACAGAAAAUGGUGCUAUUACAUUCACUCCUGGACAAAACACAAAAGUUGACAAUGAAUGGCAGUUUAUACCAGGUCAAGUCAUACAUCAAGAUGAUGAAUUACACUUUGUACCAGGUGCUACAAUAGCUACACCAAAUGGUCUUAAGUUUGUACCUGGACAAACAGUGUCAAUAGAUGGUGAUACUUGUUUCGUACCUGGCGUUACAAAAAUUACAGGUGACAAGGAGUUACAGUUUAUCCCUGGCACCACCGUCGAAACAAAUGACGGCCCCAAGUUCGUUGAAGGUCAAAUAGUACAUACUGACUGUGGAGAAAAAUUUAUGCCAGGAAAAACGAUUGUCAACGGUGACGGUCACGUUCAGUUCUCUGUAGCAAAAUCUGUCGACGAUAUUACUUUUAGUGAAAGCGCUCCAGUUGGCCUUCCGAUUGAUAUAAAGACAUGCUCACUUUCUGAAGAAUCUCUAUAUGUUUUUGGCCACAUGGUACAGUCACAAAAAGGAAUUGAAUUCUAUCCAGGCCCGAGGGUACCCAAAAUGGAGGGAUGCCCAAAAAUUGUUCCUGGAAGACUUGUGAAGAAUGAAGCAAAUGAGUCCCGUUUUGUUCCUGGUAUGAUGGUUGAGGGUAUUUUCGUACCUGGACAAAUAGUGUUUACAGAAAAUGGAGAACAAUUUGUACCAGGACAAGUGGUUGAUACGGCUGAUGGACCUAAAUUUGUACCUGGACAAGUUGUGAAUACAAAGUCUGGCCCAAAAUUUGUACCUGGUCAAACAAUACACACGAUUGAUGGUCCUCGUUUUGUACCGGGUCAAAUCAUAGAGACUAAAGCCGGCCCCACUUUUAUUCCAGGUCAAGUAAUUUCCACAGAAGAUGAAGGAUCUAGGUUUGUGCCCGGUCAAGUGGUAGAUACUGAAGAAGGGCCAAGAUUCGUACCUGGUAGGGUUAUUGAAACAGAUGAUAAUGGUGUAACAUUUGUCCCGGGUCAAAUUGUUCAAACACCAGAGGGACUAAAAUUUGUUGCUCCUGACCUGACUGAGGGUGAGGAGGGUCUGGAAUUUUCGGUUCAAAGUUUUGUGGUUACUCCUGAGGAACUUAAACUAUUGAAAGUGAAAACUAACCCAAACGAUACUACUUCUACAAAAGGUGAAUUAACUAUUGACAGAAAUAUGUUACGGCAGCUCUCUGAGGCUGGAAUGUCAAUUGGUAGACAAGUUCCCGCUGACUUACCAAGUAUCAAUGUUGUGUUAAAUGAAACAAGGAAUGCAGAAGCAUUAAAGGCAUUUGUCACAGAUUUUGGUUUAAAAGAUGAGGUAGCAAAUCAAUUACUGGAAGUCAUAUCGUCUAUUAUUGAAAUGAGUGCACAUUUAAAAACAGAAAUAGAAGAAAAUAAUAAAGAAUAUGGAUCAGUGAAUGAAUCUAAAAAAGGACAAAUCAAUCAAAAGCGAAUGGAUAUACAUGAACAUAAUGGUUUUAUGGGUGGCAAUGGACAAACUCCUCAUCAAGAACAUGUGAAAAACUCCAUUGCUGCAGCUGUCUUAGCCGCUUUAGUUACCGCUGAACAAUUUCAAAAAGAUACUAAAAAUAACAGCAAAGAAAAAUAUCAAAUGAUCUUAAAAUCUAUUGACAGUAUAUUAGGUAAGGCCAUUGAUGAAGAUUUUGUAUCUGCCAUGUUUGAUGCUCUUCAAAAAGAGGAAGACAAAGAAAUGUUGUGUGAAGAAAUCCUUGAAAAUUCAUCUCAGUCCAAAGUUGAAUUGAUAAAAAUUGCUGUAUGCAGCUCAAUGCACAAACAUUAUUUUACACAAGAAGAUAUAAUUGAGAAAGUAGGAGAUUUUUUAAGUUGUGAAAAUGAAAUACUGGGCCCAGCAUUUAAAAACAUUUUCAGAAACGAUACAAGUCUUCUUCAACCUUUGUUAGACCGCAUUUCAGAUUCAAUUUCUUUUGUCAAAAGUAAUCAUGAAGUGACUGACACUUUGCAAAAAGCUAUUGUAUCUGCUGUACAAGAAGCUAGUAGCAAAGACCUCGAACUUCUGAUACAAAAUAAUGAUAAAGAACAUCUCAAAGAAUUAAUCAUUCAGUCUGUUGGACUUGCUAAGAUACUAGGAAUGAGAGAUGUUGCCAUAAAAUUAAUGUCAAUAGUAAAUGACGAAGAUAGUAUGACCAAAAUUGCAGCUGACCCAACAAGUCUCAACAUUAUAAAAAGGCUGACUGUCAUGCGGAAACUGGCGGAUAAAACACCGAAGUUGCAGUCUGCGUUACGUACACUAGAAACCCAUCCAGAACUAGCUCGUACAGAUUCAAACCUGAGAGAUUUAGUACGAGAAAGUGGUGCCCUCAUGAUUGUGCCCGAAGAAUCGUUUCUACUUACUUCUGAAGACGUUCCAUUAAAUCUCUUAGACCCAGAAAAUAGUCUUGCGAUGGAAGACUUUAUGUUCCGAAGGAGGAAACAUAGAGGUGCUUUAUUAAUUAUGAAAAAAGGAUUACAAGCUGUUGUCCCACGUGAAGCAAGUCAUUCUGUAUUAACUGGAGAAGUAGCCUACACAGUUCUCGACGAAAAUGGAAUAAGACAUUUUGAGCCUAUGCACGUAUUUUCAGCAUUAAAUCUUAGUCAGCCCUCAGCUCAUCGUUUCUCAAUGUACAGUUGUCCUAUCGUUGAUGAUGACAAUGAAGACUUACAAUCAUUCACUGGAUAUUGCAAUAUAAGUAACAAUCAAAGAAUAACAAAAUUUGGUGGAUGGUCACGCAGACAUAGCGGAGUUUUAUUAGAAAGAGAAAAUACAAGAAGUCGUGUCAGUAGCUUGGAGACGACACCAAGUUACAAACGAUAUUCCACUCGAUCUGUAGCAAGCUCUGAUAGAUCUAGAUCUAGUUGUAGUAGGAGUCCCCCUAAGGUAGAAGAUGUCGUGGUAGCAUCAGCUGAUUAUUCAGCUGCUGCUGAUGACGAAGUAUCUUUAAAAGCCGGUGAUAUUGUGGAGGUUCUCGAUACUAAGUCCAGCGUCGGAUCAAAGUACAGAGGCCGUGUUUAUUGUUACGAGAACCAUUUCUACAAAACCAGAGGUCCUCAUUUGGACUAUGUGUUUAGUGUUCCAACCUACAAAAUGUAUUAUCAUUGA